AUGUUGCCCGUUUUAUUGUUGCUGUGCGUUGUCUGUGAUGGAGCGCGCAAGUGGGAUUACGAACCAAUUUCAAUGGAGCCGCAUACGUCGGAUCCCAAAAAAUUUAGUAUCGAUUUGCGAAUUAAGAGAAUGCCUCGAGGUGAAUUUGCUUACGAUGGUUAUUUGAAUUUUGCUUAUGACGUGGAUGAAAACACAAUGGUUGAGGCCGUGGCCUAUCGCAGCCAAUCGGGCAGGGAAGAGGAAUACGUACUGAUGCCAUGGAGCAUCGAGAAGCAACCGUAUACAAAAUAUGUCGAGGACUUUUAUGAAGAUGUGGUUUAUUCGAAUUUUGGCAGCUGCACAACUCUGCCUACACCGGAGAAGGCAAAUCCUUGGCAAAGGGGGAACUAUACAUUUAAGGAGUGUGUUGUCGAGGGCAAAGGAAUGCCCGAAAUAGCACCGCAAGGCUUCUAUAAAGUCAUUUUUACAGCUACUGGGGAGGUCGAUUGGGGAAUCGAGGCUGUCGUCAGGAUAACCGAUAAGCAUAUGAUGUAAAAAGAGUAUAUAUAUAUGCAACUAUGCAAUAUUGACAGAA